AUGGCUUCUGGAUUUGGUCUCAACGGCGGUCCGUCCCGCUGCUUCAACUUCUGGCAGGAAGUGCUCGGCUGCUACGUCGUCAACGCCGGGGAAGGCGAGGCCGGCAAGAAGAAGUGCUUGCCCGCUCUGGAGGAUUACCACGAGUGCCUGCACCACAAGAAGGAGGCCAUCCGAACGAUGAGAAUGCAGGACGCUUACCAGAAGGCCGAAGCCUCGAACCCCCGUGAGAAAGCGCCCAAGGCCGAAGAGAUCCGCAGUCUAGGAUUGUUAGGGAAGGAAGAACAGGCAACUGCCUUUUUGGAAAAGUCUUAG